GCUUAAUCUUCUAUCCUACACCCCACGACCGAUGAUGGUUCUCGUCGCCAUAAUGUGGUGCUGCAGCUAGCUUGGGUAAGCAUUGUCGUAUGUAAGCCCUAUCCAGACAUGCAUGAACCCAGCCUAUGGGAUACGGACGGCCUGCAUAACCAUUAUUCAUAUGCAGCUAGAUAAUAGUGAGCGAGGCCAACGGAACUCUUGACGACAUUGUGAUUGGAAGCGUGUACUACGACCAGUGAGAAGUAUAAAGUCGAAGCGUCGCGCCAUAAACAGAGACUAGCUUUCCAUCGAGCAAAGUGUUAGAUACUCAACACCUCUAGCAUUCCGAGAUGACACGCACUCUUAUCCUUUUUGGCGCAGGACCUGGCAUCGGCGACAAUGUCGCCCUUCAAUUCGCGUCCAAAGGUAUCGAACACGUUAUUCUUCUUGCGCGCAACACAGAACGCCUCCAGAACGAAGAUGCGCCGUUCGUCACCAGGAGCACAUUCCCCGUCAAAGUCGACACACUCCGUAUCGAUCUCGCAGACGCAAAAUCCAUCCCAAGUGUACUCAAGCAGCUUGACAGCAUGACCUCAGGCGAAGACGUAGAAGUAGUGUUUUUCAACGCUGCUCGCAUAAAGCCAAGUGAAGUACUCGGUGUCAGUGUUGACGAGAUUGACGAGGAUUUCAAAACGAGCAACCUCGCCCUCUACGUUAUAGCACAGCAUUAUAUUCCCAAACUCCAGAGCCUGGCUAAGUCCAAUUCUACAUCCAAACCUGCGCUUUUCGUCACCAAUAGCCAUCUGCCUUGGGAUCCUAUACCGCAGCUGCUCUCGUUAAGCUUGACAAAGGCUUCGCAGAAGAAUAUGGUAGAGAGCUUCAACCGUGCUUUCAGCGACAGUGGUGUGCACAUCGGGCUGAUACAUAUUGAGGGAUCUGUGGCGCCUGAGAAUAAAGUGCUAAACCCGAAGACGAUUGCGGAGAGGACAAUCGCAUUCUGGGAGGGGAAGAAGGGCUUGGCUGUUCACAUCAAGGAGGAGUAAUGGCUGUGAUACAGGAUUAUUCAUUUCGAGGCGAUCUGCUGCAGUCGUUCAGGUUGCUCGGCUUAUCGUACAUCCUUUCUUGUACCACUUACUUCAUUACUUACUUUGCAUCUUUCCUGCCUUCAUGCACUGUUCCAAUCCUUCUGGGAAUAUAAUCCUAACGUUAUAGCUUCGUUCAGGAAUCUGCUUCAGCCUAUCAGCAUCCAUCGUCUUGCGAUCAGCUUUGUCGUUUGUCAAUCUACCUCGUCCUGUGCCCCGGAUCGCCAGUGAGCAGCGCACAAUCAUGCAGACUACUCCUCCUACAGAUUCCCAAGUCAGCACCGAGAGGGAAAACAUAGUAGGAGGUAUACUGUCAGGUAAACCAAAAGACAUAUAGAUGAUAUAGCAUAAUCCUUGCCUCGGAA